GCAAAGGGAAUCUCUGUCAUAAAGCCUGGCUUCCUUGUCUUGUGGGUCCUGCCUCAUGCCACUUCUGCCCCCCGCGGAGUCUUCAUGGGCUCAGCUACACAGUGGCACAGGCCUUCUUCUCUCUUCUCUGGCCAAAGGGGGUAGAGGGCCAAGGGCGAGGGGGGCGUGAGGUGGGGAGUUGCGGAAGUUCAGGAGUUGCUGGGUGGUGCAGGUGCAGGCACUGGGCGGUGUCAGUUCUUUCACUCAUCCCUCCCCUCCCCCUUCCUCCCCGGAAACCAGCGACUUUGCCACCACCAGUAUUGGGGAUGAUGAGCUGUGGGGGCCAGGCCGGGGAGGGGUGGGAGUAAGGGGGGCUGCUGCAGCUGUCAGACCAUAAGCCAGGCUUACGACUAGGCUCAGGCCUGCAGACUUGGCUCCCACAUCAAUAGUCAUGAGCAGCGGCGCCAACUGCACGGAUCAGCUAGGGCCCGGAAUUCCCUCCUUCCCCCAGGCCUGGGGAUUGUGGGCCCUCUUAGGGGCUGUGACGCUGCUGCUUCUCAUCUCGCUGGCUGCACACUUGUCCCGAUGCAGUAGUGGCUGGAGAAGGAGCCAUUCAGGAGGGGGACAGUCUGGAGGGUCUGUGGAAGAGGUCCCCCUGUAUGGGAACCUGCAUUAUCUGAAGACAGGACGACUGUCUCAAGAACCAGGGCCAGACCAGCAGGAUCCAACACUUGGAAGCUCCACCAGGGUGAGUCAGUUGUUGCUGAGGAAGAGGGGAGGGAAGGAAGUGGGGGGGGGGGCGCUUUUUCAAGGGUCCAGUGCACUUCUAACAGCCUUGCAUCUCCAGGCUGCAGAGGAGGUGAUGUGCUAUACCAGCCUGCAGCUGCGGCCCCCUCAGGGCCGGAUCCCGAGCCCGGGAACCCCCAUCAAAUACUCAGAGGUGGUGCUGGACUCUGAGCCGAAGCCCCAGGCCUCGGGCCGGGAGCCGGAGCUCUAUGCCUCCGUGUGUGCCCAGACCCGCAGAGCCCGGGCUUCCUUCCCGGACCAGGCCUACGCCAACAGCCAGACUGCACCCAGCUGAGAUGGAGGGCCUGGCAUCGCCCCAGCUUCCUCUGUUGCAGGGGUGACGGCUACCCUGUUCGGGGCAUGACUAUUUCCCAGCAAACCCCCAAAGACAGUCAGCCAUUGCCCCAUCACAGGAGGUGAUGUUCCCCAAGCCUCCUAUCAGACCUGAGGGAGAUAAGUCAGGGGGAAAGCUGGCCCCCGUUUCUUGAGGAUGGAGAAAGCAGAGGCAGUGGCCCCCUCCUCGCUUCCUCCUCCUUCCGGAGUCUUACCAGGUCCUCCCGCUAUUGCUCUCAUACACUGUACCGCUGACACCUCAGUGUCUCCUCAGACACAGGAAGUGGGCAGUGGGGGAGGGGGUAAGAGCCUAAGAGGACCUGGGUGGGUAUACC